GAGAAAGGAGAAAAAUAAUUUUAGACAAACAAAUAAUGGCUGGAGGAGUUGGUUUUGUUUUGGGUCUCAUUGCUGUUGUUUUUGUUCACCAUGCCACCGCAACGGUGCAUGUCGUCGGUGACGCCACCGGUUGGACAAUUCCGUCGAGCACUACUUUCUAUUCCGAUUGGGCUGAUAAAAACACCUUUGCCGUCGGCGAUUCUCUAUCAUUUAAGUUCAUGACCGGAUCACACGAUGUACUUAAAGUAUCGAAAGAGUCCUUUGAAGCAUGCAAUAUUGAUGAUGGUAUCGGCAAUACCCUAACGACAGGGCCUGCAACGGUGAAACUCGACACUGCCGGCGUACAUUACUUCAUUUGUACCGUUGGUAAGCAUUGUUCGGGAGGUCAAAAGUUAGCUGUCACCGUCUCCGGCUCCGCCACUCCUGGUGGUGCCGUGGCACCUUCUCCAAACACUACUGAUAAGCCACUGGUAACUCCAACUCCUGCGAGCUCGCCAUCAUCGUCCUCAGUAGAGAACGAGGGUGGAUCUCCUGCAGCUCCGGCGCCUUCCUCCUCCACUGCAGUGAUGGCAACUUUUUAUGUCACUUUGUCCGCCAUUGUUAUGAACAUGUUGUUCUAAAUGUGGAUUUUGCGUGACACUUCUUUUUUUCCUUUUUCAUGUUUAUUUAUAAUUAAAAAUGGGGCCGUUGAUAAUUUGUUCUAUUUAGUUUGUUUAUGAAAGUUUGUGGAGAGUGAGGGACUCAUGAUAUUCUUUCAGUUCGGUAUUUAUUCC